UCGGUGGCGGGCCAGCCGCUGCCUGCCUCCCGGGCGCUGCCAUGUUGGAAGCGCCGGGCUUGAACCAUGGCGGCGGCGGGCGCCGGAGUGCGGCCGCGAGCACGGCCGGGCACACGGUGGAAGUGCGGCCGGGGCUGUAUCUGGGCGGGGCGGCGGCGGCGGCCGCACCAGACCGCCUGAUGGAGGCCGGCAUCACCGCCGUGCUGACGGUCGACUCGGAACCGGGUUUCCAGGCUGGGGCUGGGUUCGAAGGUCUCCGGAGCCUCUUCGUGCCGGCGCUCGACAGACCCGAGACCGACUUGCUCAGCCACCUGGAUCGCUGCGUGGCCUUCAUCAGCCAGUCACGAGCCGAGGGACGUGCGGUGCUGGUGCACUGCCACGCGGGAGUCAGUCGGAGUGUCGCUGUGGCCACUGCCUUUAUAAUGAAGACUGACCAGCUCACCUUUGAAAAAGCCUAUGAACACCUGCAGACCAUCAAGCCAGAAGCUAAGAUGAAUGAGGGAUUUGAAUGGCAACUGAAAUUAUAUGAGGCAAUGGGAUACGAAGUCGAUACCUCUAGUGCAAUUUACAAGCAGUAUCGUUUGCAGAAGGUUACUGAGAAGUAUCCAGAACUCCAGAAUUUACCUCAAGAACUCUUUGCUGUUGACCCGACUACCGUUUCACAAGGAUUAAAAGAUGACAUUCUCUACAAAUGUAGAAAGUGCAGGCGAUCUUUAUUUAAAAGUUCUAGUAUUUUGGAUCAUAAUGAAGGAAGUGGGCCAAUAGCCUUUGCUCACAAGAGAACGACGCCGUCUUUGGCACUUACCACAGGGAGUCAGGCUCAGUGUACAUCUUACUUCAUUGAACCUGUACAGUGGAUGGAAUCUACUUUGUUGGGAGUAAUGGAUGGACAGCUUCUUUGCCCAAAAUGCAGUGCCAAGCUGGGUUCCUUCAACUGGUAUGGAGAACAGUGCUCAUGUGGUCGAUGGAUAACGCCUGCUUUUCAAAUACACAAGAACAGAGUGGAUGAAAUGAAAAUGUUGCCAGCACUGGGAUCACAAACACGGAAACUAUGAACUUAGGUCACAGCGUGGAAUAAAACCUGAUGAAACGUACUUCUCUUGAUGGUUAUCUUUCAUAACAGAAGUCAAAAUUUCAUUUGGAGUGGCCGAAGAUAAUUACUGUAGCAGAUAUGUGUUGGUAGCUUACUACUACAUGGUGUAUGAUGUAUAUGCAGUACUUCACUGGUCAAUCCAGGCUUUUAAUCAUGUAAAUUCGAUUUGUUAUUAAAAUCUUUAUUUUAA